AUGCCAGCCAGUCCAUUCUUCCUCGAGUCCCCCAUUCCUCCGCAACUCGAUCUGGCCGGCGCUCCAUCACAGCUUUUCCAAGUCCCGCCCACCCCCUCAGCCUCAUCGGCUUUGUAUCGAUCGAUCUCUAUCCCCAACCGCAAGAGAUCCCGUCUGGAAGUUGAUCGUCGUCCUUGGCUGGAUGUCGACACUCCCUCUAGUCAUGUUGCCUCUGUGAUCUCCCCCGACGAUCUCCUCCUUGGUGUGGAGGAUACCUCCGUCGAUCAAGUCUAUCGCCCCAACCGUUAUCGCAAGCCUGCUCGAUCUCUCGCUCUCGAUGACAGUGUUGAAUCUCUCAGCGAAACCGUGGACAUUCGCCGUAAACGCAGCCGCUGGGAUCCAUCUUUGAUCGCAGCCUCUCCCACCGGUCACGAUGAGAAAAUGAUGAUCUCGACCACGACUAUGACCACGACCGCGACCGCGGCUCCUGCCGUCAAUGCUCCUAUUGCUUACCCACAGCCUGCUCCCGUCCGCUGGAGUCGAGCUGUGCUAGGCGUGGUAGGCAAGGUUUGGGACUUUUGUUGGAGCGGAGCUUUCCGAGGGUUUUAUGCAGGCGGUGGGCAAGGCUAUACUAUGACGGCGGAGGAUGCACAGCCCCAGCUGGCAUCCCCAUCGAUCGAGAAGGAGAGCAUGCCCACUUCUCAGCGGCAACAGGGUUCCUCUAGCCCUUUUCCGGGACAGUAUCCAGAAGAUGAUCUCAAGCACAGUUGGGUGAUCGUGUCCGCGCGAGAGGAAUUUAUGGACGAAGCCAGUCCUUCUCAGCGCAGACGAGUCCAUCGUCGGACCCCAGCACAUACUCACUCUCGUCGGCGGUCGCAGGGCAAGCGCACGCUGAUUUCGCAUGCGCCGUCGAUGCCGACGAAAUCCCAAUUCUCAACACCAGCUAAGCCGCGGGAGAGCCCUGUGUCUGUGGAGACGCAACGCUACAUGGCGCAAAAGCGUCGCAUGGAGCGUGAGGAGGAUGCCAGCCUUGCCCGGUUGAAUCGGCAGCUACAAGCAAUGAUCAAGGAAGGGAAACAGGCACUGGGGACGCGCGUGGAAGUGGACGACUUGGACAUGGAGGAUUAA